AUGGCAUUUGCAUUCACCGGCCGGUUAAAGCGGCACCUUCAUAUUCACAACCCCAAUGCUCCCCGGUCCUCCAAUUUCUCUCCUCACAGUCCGUCCUCGUCCUCUUCUUUUUCCUCUUCCCCUUCUCCUCAUCCCUUCCUGUCUGUAUUGCCUUUUCCCACUCUAUCCGCCCUCUCUCGCCUCGUUCUACCUCACCCCUGCUCUCAUCCCCAUUGUGAUCGAACCUUCAAGCGCCGAGACGAAAUGAUACAACAUCUAAGGAAGCAGCAUGGAGAAGAGACGGGGACCAGCGGUGGGGUGCGGCAUGCAAGGGCCCAACAUUCUGGGGAUGGGGGGAGUGGGGGCGGGGUUACUGGUGUGUCUGGCGGGGAUGGGGGGAGUGGGGGCGGGGUUACUGGUGUGUCUGGCGGGGAUGGGGGGAGUGGGGGCGGGGUUACUGGUGUGUCUGGCGGGGAUGGGGGGAGUGGGGGCGGGGUUACUGGUGUGUCUGGCGGGGAUGGGGGGAGUGGGGGCGGGGUUACUGGUGUGUCUGGCGGGGAUGGGGGGAGUGGGGGCAGUGGGAGCGGGGUAAAGAGUGCGCAUGGAGGGAGGAAGGGGAUGAGGGGGCAUGGGGCAGCAGUGGGGAAACAUGGAAGCGAGGAGGGUGAUGAUGUGAGGAGGAAAGAGGGAAAGAGAGGGCAGGAGAGGGAGAAAGAGGGAGAGAAGGGGAAGAAGGGGAAGAAGGCGCGUGGGGGAGCCGUGCGGAGGUGUGGAGCGAAGAAGGAGAUUGAUGAUGUGAGUGGAGACGAGGGAAGGUGGGAGGAGGAGGAGGAGGAGGAGGAGGAGGAGGAGGAGGAGGAGGAGGAGGAGGAGGAGGAGGAGGAAGAAGAUGGAGAAAAGGGGGAGGAGGUGGAUGAGGACUUCAGGGGGAGGGCAGCUGUGGUGGAGGAGGGAUGGGGACACAAGAAGCAGCACAAUCGGUGUGAGGGUGAGGAGGAGGAAGGGUGUGACGUGGAUGGUCAAGGUGGAGUGGGGAAGGGGGCGGAAGUGGGGAAGGGGGCGGAAGUGGGGAAGGGGGCGGAAGUGGGGAAGGGGGCGGAAGUGGGGAAAGAUGGGGAUGUGGGGGGCUGUUGGCGGUUGGUGGAAGAAGGGGCGGAAGGGUUAUGUGGAGGAGGCGAGGAUUAUUGGAGGGAACAGGAAGAGGGAGGAGGAGAAGCAGAGGAAGGGGGGGGUGAGGGAGAGGGAAGAGGGGGAGGGCAGAUGGCUGAGGAAAGGGGAGGAGGGGUGAGGGCAGAGGAAAGGGGGGGAGGGGAGAAGGAAGAGGUUAGGGGAGGAGGGGUGAGGGCAGAGGAAAGGGGGGGAGGGGAGAAGGAAGAGGAAAGGGGAGGAGGGGAGAGGGACGAGGAAGUGCGAAUAGAGGAGGAGGAAGAGGGAGGAGGAUGUGGAGAGAGGGAAAGAGAGGCCAUGGAUGGAAGGGAGGAGGUGGCAGGAAAAAACACCUGGAGAGUCACCUGA